AGGUCCUGGAUGCGAAAUGCGCAGACAUCAUUCCCACUUGCAGUGGCUUGGUCUGAGAGAGGGCAGAACAUGCAGCCCAAGUGCCCAGGAGGCAGCAGAAAGGGAAAGAUCACUCUACUUAGGGGGUCCUGCAGAUGUGGGAGGACAGACGUGACAUCCAUCCGAUAAGGCCCCUAAAGAAUGCAGAGGAUUCAGGCUGUCUCCACUGUGGAAAUAACCUAGGGGAUAUGGGGCUGACGCUACAGCCGCAAUGAUCAUGGUCAGUCCUCAGGGAGGAUUUCCAGCGGGAAUUUCGCAAGCCCCUCCAGGCCCCGCGCCUCCGCCCGGGCCGUGACCUCCCCGCCGCGGCCACGGCCAUGGCGCAGGAGAACACCGCCCUCUCGCCGGGGCCCGAGGAGCAGCCGCGGCGCCGCGGCCGCCAGCGCUACGUGGAGAAGGACGGCCGCUGCAACGUGCAGCAGGGCAACGUGCGCGAGACGUACCGCUACCUGACCGACCUGUUCACCACGCUCGUGGACCUGCAGUGGCGCCUGAGCCUGCUCUUCUUCGUGCUGGCCUACGCGCUCACCUGGCUCUUCUUCGGCGCCAUCUGGUGGCUGAUCGCCUACGGCCGCGGCGACCUGGAGCACCUGGAGGACACGGCGUGGACGCCGUGCGUCAACAACCUCAACGGCUUCGUGGCCGCCUUCCUCUUCUCCAUCGAGACGGAGACCACCAUCGGCUACGGGCACCGCGUCAUCACCGACCAGUGCCCCGAGGGCAUCGUGCUGCUGCUGCUACAGGCCAUCCUGGGCUCCAUGGUGAACGCCUUCAUGGUGGGCUGCAUGUUCGUCAAGAUCUCGCAGCCCAACAAGCGCGCCGCCACGCUCGUCUUCUCCUCGCACGCCGUGGUGUCGCUGCGCGACGGGCGCCUCUGCCUCAUGUUCCGCGUGGGCGACCUGCGUUCGUCGCACAUAGUCGAGGCUUCCAUCCGCGCCAAGCUCAUCCGCUCGCGCCAGACGCUCGAGGGCGAGUUCAUCCCGCUGCACCAGACCGACCUCAGCGUGGGCUUUGAAACGGGCGACGACCGCCUCUUCCUCGUCUCACCGCUCGUCAUCAGCCACGAGAUCGACGCCGCCAGCCCCUUCUGGGAGGCGUCGCGCCGCGCCCUCGAGAGGGACGACUUCGAGAUCGUCGUCAUCCUCGAGGGCAUGGUGGAAGCCACGGGAAUGACAUGCCAAGCUCGGAGCUCCUACCUGGUGGAUGAGGUGCUGUGGGGUCACCGCUUCACGUCAGUGCUGACCCUGGAGGAUGGCUUCUACGAGGUGGACUAUGCCAGCUUCCACCAGACCUUUGAGGUGCCCACACCCUCAUGCAGUGCCCGGGAGCUGGCCGAGGCCGCAGCCCGCCUUGACGCCCAUCUCUACUGGUCCAUCCCCAGCCGGCUGGACGAGAAGGUGGAGGAGGAGGGGUUGGGGGAGGGGGCGGGCGAAGAGGCUGGGGCUGACAAAGAGCAGAAUGGCUGCCUGCCACCCGUGGAGAGUGAGUCCAAGGUGUGACCAGUUUCCUCCAGACCCCUGUGGCAGGGCCAGACACAGGUACCUGGGGAGCUGGUUAUCGAAGGUGGAGGAGGGCGCAGGCAAGGUCCCUGGGAAUGCACUAAAGCUGGAGAGCCUCCUCAGAAUCUCAGGUCUGGGAUCCAACAUGGAUGGGAGAGAUCCUGAUUUCAGGAGAAUGGAGGGUGGGGAAUGGGUAAACUUGCCAGCCUGUCUGUGUUUGACCUUCACUUCUGUUCAUGCGUGGAUGGAUGGACAGAAGGAUGGACCUAUGUGGGUUGGAUGAGAAGGUGGAAGCAGAGAGAGACAGCCAGCCAGUGGAUAGGUGAAUGGGCCACCAGACCAACAGACAGGUGGUGUGCUCAGGCCUGCCGCUAACUCAUAGAGUGUCUUGGUGCAAAUUCUAAAAAGGCGCCCUUUUCCUCCAGACUGACACUACCCCAAACUAGGGUGCAUGGCUUGGGGAGCAGAGUGUGGGCUGGAUUUUAGUCCCCACUCACCUCCUCAGCCAGCUUCCUUGAGUCUGGCGCACCUGUCUCACUGGACACAGUAGCCCAAGCUGACCCAGAGGUGAGAAAGCUGGACGGAGGCGGGCAGAGAUGAGGAGGGUACCCUCCCAGCUCCACCCCUGCCACUGUGACAGGCUGAGAGGGAGGGUGAAAGGCUGCAGGGGCGGCUCCGCAGGGUGUGAAUGACCUUGUCCAUGUGUUCAGGGAAACCGGCAAUGGGGGAGAUGCCAGAGCUGGGGCCUGGGGCAGGGCCUAGGAAAGGCGAACCAGGGAUGGCUAUUUUCUGACAGUGAAGUGAGGUCUCGUAAGUACCACUGAGGGGUCAGGGAGGGAUAGAGAGGUUCUGAGGAGGAAGAAGGGCCGGGGAGAGAUGGAGAAACCUGAGUUCACUAGAGCUGGGACACGGGGCCCUCAGGAAAGCAGAAUCAGCCUUAGGGCACAGUGAGAGGGAGUCAUUCACGUGGUUCACUGGGUGCCCGUUGGGUCCAGAGCACUGACCCGGGCAUGUGUGGGGAGGACAGUCAGAGACCCGAUUCCUAUUCUGGGAAUACAGUACAAGUGGGAAAAACAGAGAAAUAUGCCUGUGACAACUGUUUCAAACUGAGAACCUGGGCGAUCUCUCCGAGCAGGGGUUGGAAGGGCUUGGUAAUCAGAAAGCUAGGGAUUGAGUCAGGCCUGGAGAGUGACCUGAGCCAGCAGUCAUGAACUUGGGUGGGCAUCAGGGUCCCCUGGAGGGCUUGGGAACACAUAUGGCUGAGCCCCUCUCCCAGAGUUUCUGACUUAAUGGGUCUGGGGUAGAGACCAAAACUUUGCAUUUCUAACAAGUCCCAGGUCCUGCUGACACUGCUGGAACAGGGACCACGCUCUGAGAAGCCCUUCCCUAAGCAGACUUGGGGGUCCUGUCAGGAGGUGGGCAUCAAGCUGAGGAGUAGCUGAGGGUCCUUGGGGAGGAGACUGAAAUAUAAUGCGUAUGGAGAACUGUGGUGGGGGGAAAGGAGACCAUGAAACCAAGGCUGAAGAGUCUGACUCUGGGCCUAGGGCCUCACCCGUCAGUGGAAAUAGGGCUGUGGCAAGCUAGAGAUGGUGUUUGGGCAAGAUGAGUAGGCAAGAUAGAUAGGACAAAGUAGUCGGGAGGGCUUCAGGGGAGUGCUGGCGAGGUGGUGGUGAGCUGGAGCAGGAAGGGCAUCUGUGGCAAAGGAUGGAAUCCCACGUAGGACUUAAGAGGCAGGAUUAAAUGUGGGAGAAGAUGUGAGAGAGAAGCGAGAGUCCAAAUAUCCGGAUGUGACUGUGAACUGCUGUCUGCCCAGCUGGGGCAGGAGCCCCUGGAGAGGUGUCCCCAUGCCACGUGCACCCCCUUCCUGGUGUCAUCCCGGUCACCAGGGACACCCCCCACCCCAGGAUUGUGAAGGGAGAGCAAUGGCGAGUCGAGAAGGGGCAGAGGUAGGGGGACCUGCCUCUGGGAGAGACGUGUACACACAGGCAGGCGCACCCUCCCACCGCACCGGCCCAGCAGUGACCUCCAGCCCUUGGCCCUGGCUACACCCCAUUCCUGUUCUUUAACAAAACUCUGAGCCCCUUGCGGGGAAGCACCCCACUGUGCUGCAUUCCAGGCUGGGAAGCUGGGGUCCUGGGGGAUGCCGUGCCUCCUGGAAGCAGGAAAGGGGGCUGCGGAGGGAGCCCAUGCCAGCUUGGGUCCGCUCGGAGAGAACGUCUUUGCCUCAGGUCACAGGGUGACUUGGGUCACCAUCACCCAAAGAUGAGGUCCCUGAACCCUGGUGCUGGCUGUUCCCAAAGAACAAAUGUUGGGGCGUGGGAUGAGCAGCAGUUCUGGUUUAAUUUGCUGAAACAUCUGGAGUCUGGAUAGGAGGGGGCGGGCUCUGGGUGUCCACACUCACUCACGCGGUAGUUCACCCAUUGCAAGUGAACCCACCGUAGAGGAACUGAGGCUGGAUGGAAGGCACUGAGACCCCGCCACCCCUCUCCUUGCCACUCAGCGACCACUCAGGGCCCCACUGUGUGCAGUGCAAGGAGUCUGGGGACCUGGGUUCUAGUCCUGACACUGUCACGAAUUAGUUCUAUGACUCUGGGCAAGUCGCAUCACUACUCUGGGCCUCAGUUUCCCUAUCUGUAAAAACAACACUUGGUA